AUGAUAGUGAACUGGAGAGACACAGCGAUAGGGGAGUCUGAAAGAGCGUUCAUCACUGGUCUUAGCUUACGUGUCUUCCCACGACUUAGGCAGAGCUCCAAUAGUGAGGUGACAAGUGAACACGAUGAGAAUGAGGUUGAGGUCCGAGGAGAUGGAGCAAUGUGGACCUUGAUCAGAGAGUACAGCAGCACUUAUUCCAUCGACAUCCAGGGUACCACUGAGCAUAGCUUUUUUGACAUGAUCACUCAGUUCCACCAGAAAAGGCCUGACCAGCGUAGCUCAGCCCCCACAAGCCUCUAUAUGCGUCAGACUCCAGACCGACCACCCCUCUCUGGUGCUGCCUCACCAGCUUCCACUCUGGCUGGGGACAAGCGAAGGAAGGAGAGAGGCAAGCGAGUCAGGAAAAAAAGUGGCGGGACGGAAUCUUCACUGGGGACAUCAUCAUUAUUUCCGAAACUUCGCAGUGUCAGUUGACACUGCGCAGUGGAGCAAGAUGGAGGGAAAGGAGAGACGAGAGGACGGGGUUCAUCAGAAGCAUCCUACAAGGUGUAGGUAUGCCCCAAGAGCUUUGUCUAAACGAGUAUCCUGUUUGACGACCUUCAUGAGGCUGCAGCCCAGCGAGGCUAUGUGACCCAGAGAAGGAACACAGCCACAGGGGCAUUAGCUGCCUCUGUGUCCAUGUCUGUGUCCAGAUCCUUGGCUGUAAGCGGUAAUGAACCCGUAUAUGCCAGCAUUAAGGAUUUAACUAUGGGUCCAGUACUAGCUCAACUACUGGUCUUGGACCCUACGGACCUUCCACCCAGAGCUCACAGCUUAGGCCCACUGCUCCUUAGUUGCCCCCACGUUCUCAAUGAGAAUGGGGUUUAUGGGGAGCGCAACAUCAGCCUUCUCAGCUCAUCAGCAGAGCGAGGAUAGGGAGGAGGAGUUGGAGCAAGUGGUUGACUGAGGAGAAGUAAUGCCAAUAUCUCUGUGCUGGAGGUGCCUAAAGAACAGCAGGUCGCACGACUGGACAGACUUAAAGAGUACAGCAUAGAGCACGUUGACCUGGAGGCCAGGUACUAAGGAGACUACUUUCAUGGGAAAGAACACUCCAACUACUCUGGGACUGAUGAAAAGCUGGGUCCCGUGGCUGUGAAUAUCUGUAAGGAAAAAUUAGAGGAAACCAAAGACCUGAAAGACCCGUAUCAGUACUGUCGGAUAGUGAGAAAGAGCGAGCUGGUGACCCUUCGAGAUUCCAUCUUGGAGGAAGUGGUUGUGUCGACGGGGAGGAACUGCACGGUGUGCGGCCUGCCACUAAAAGAGGUCUUGGAGCAGGUGGAUCCGGAACUUGACGUGUCCUGCUUGCGACUAACACUUGGCAUGCCCAAAGUCACUGAGCAGCUCCUUAAACUGGACGAUCAGGGGUUAAUUCAGAAACACAAGGUAGGUGUUCUGCUGUGCCGCGCAGGCCAAAGCACCGAGAAGAAGAUGUACAACAACGAGGAGACGUCACCCGCCUUCUCAGCGUUCCUGGAGCUGUUUGGCGAGCAGGUUCUUCUCAAGGAGUUCACCAAAUACUCCGCUCAGCUUGACACAAAGACUGACUCAACAGGCACCCACCCCUCCCUGUACGCCACCUUACAAGGUUACAAAGUCAUGUUCCACAUAUCCACCAUGCUGCCAUACAUGCCCAACAACCCUCAGCACGUCGGAAACGACAUUGUCACCAUAAUCUUUCAGGAGUCUGGAGCGUUGCUUUUUACCCCUAAAAAUAUCCACUCACACUUAGAACACAGCCCCUGCUCUGAAAACACCUUCUACAGUGUUGCUUGGAGAAUAAUGAAGGAUUUGCCUCCAUUUGGCCCAUCCAUCCCCUCCAGUGUCACCCUCUGUGACCCGGAUGAGGAUGAGUGUAACGGGGUCCAGCCAUGUCGUGCUAGAUGUUCAUUGGUAAACUUCACUCCCCGACGAUUUCAAGAGUAG